AUGGACUUCAGUCAUAAUAUAAUUGGUGAAAAAAGAAUGAAUGACGGCGAUGAUAUCACUGAAAAGUGUGAUCUAAAACGUCAAUGUAAUCAAAUUACGUCGAUAGCACAAUUAUAUCAUAGUCAUCUAAAUAGCGACAAUCAUAAUGAGACUUUGCUAAAUAAAACCACUCUUAAUGCUUCCAAUAAUGAAUACUUAUCACAGCAUAUUACAUGUCAAGCCUUGAAAAAAAAAACUUUUGAACUUUCAAAUGAUAUAAACAGCACUAAUAUGGCUUCAAGUAUGAAUUUGUUUUAUGAAACAUUUGAUUCAUACAAUGUCACCAAUGUCAAUCAAUAUCAAGGCAAUAAAAUAGUAUUAUAUGAUUCAUUAAAUAAGAAAACUUCAUACUUUGUACCUACCGUUCCUCUAUCACUGAAAAAUUUUCACGAUCUUUUUCAUUUAACUGGGCAUGCUUUAUCUCUUGACUUGACUCGAAAUUACGUCACAACAUUAACGUUAAUUUUAGAUUGUGUACAAUGUAAAACCAAAUCAUGCAUAUCUAAAACAACCAGUGAACAACGCGUUUCACACUAUGAAGAUAUCUUAUCCAACAUAUGGAAGGAAAUAAAUUUAUACUUGGAUCUAUCAUUUUUAAAUUUUCGAAAAAAUGCGAUAUUUUGUUUACGAGAUCAUAGUUGCAGUGUUCAUAUUUAUAUAAAUGCAUCAGUGUCUAUAAAUGUUUAUGAAUACAUCGUUAAUACUCUGAAUAAAUCUAAAACGAAUAAUAUGCAGUUCAUCCUUCAACGAUACGAAAUUAGUCGUAUGACUCGUGUACCGUUACCUUAUUCAACAGACCAUAGUGGAUAUAUUUAUAAUUUAUCUUUUCAAAGAGAAAAUGAAGACUACGAUAUAAACAUUGUUCCUUCUGUAAUGAAUUAUAUUGAUUUUAAAAUGCAAUUAUCAAAUAAUUUCAAGAUUGGAAAAGAUAUUAUUCUAGCAAAAAUAACAUUUAAUCAUCACGGUGGAUUAACGCAACAAUUAUGUCAUGACGAGAUAUCUCGUGAAUGGGAUAUUACAGAUAACAUGGAAACGGAAGUGUUGUAUGUGAUAACAGUAUUAAAAAAUAAUCAAUUAUUAGAAAGUGCAAAUGAUCAUAAUAUAACAAGAUUAAGUCCCGAGUUCAAUACCGAAGCAUGUGAAAUCCCUGCAUUUAUUCGUAGUCAUAGAAAUUUUAUAUUAGAAAGUAAUAACCAAAAUUUCCAGCUGUUUGUAGAAAAUUUAUUGCAAGAAAAUUAUAAGAACUGUCAUAAAAAUAUUAAUCAUUUUCAACAACCCGUAUAUCAUGUUCGUACUGACGCCACUGAGUUGGAGCGUGAUAUUUUAUUUACCCUUGAUAGCAUUGGAAGAAAUAUUGCUAGACAUGUUUAUCAAAUUAAUAUAUCCGAAACCAAUGCAUUACCACUAGUUCCGCAGUAUGAACAAAAUGAACCCAAAGACCGAAGCAUGGAAAAUCAUACUAAUUUUAAGGAGACUUAUCAUUAUUUAAAUUAUUUGAUUCAGUUUUGCCAUGAGCCAGAUAAUUCAGCUGGAUAUGCAUUUUAUGUAUUAAUUCUGUCAGUGAUGUAUACGACACAAAAACUAAUGAUAAUUUCCAAUAAUCAACAAGUGAUUUUCAAAGUAAUUCGACAAGCUGUAACUGCGUACGAUACUUAUGACAAUCGACAGUUACUUUGGAUUCUUGAUUCUUUGACGGAAGUUGACUGUAUGGCUGAAUUAGGACGUAUAUUCCCUGAGCCAUUACGAAUAUUAAAACAACUUGCAACUUCAGUGUUUAUGCGACGCCGAGUUGAAUCUCGAUUGAUUAACGACUCACUUAUUUCAGCUGCAAAUGAUAUAAGUCGUGAACGUAUAAAAAAUCCUAAUAAUUCAACUAGUUUCGUUUCUAGUACGUCAAUCAGCUAUGAUGUAUUACUUUUCGAUGAAUUGUGCCGCUUAUAUUUACAUGAUGAAUUACCUCUAUACAAGCAUUUAACAGACUUAAUGUUAGAAGAAAUUGUUACUACUAUUUUUCGUCGUUACUUAAUAUUAUUUUAUCGUAACGUUAUGAACAACAAUGUGAUGUACAUCUAUAAAGAUCCUUUAUAUAUCGAAUACAAAAUGUCAAAUUUUGUGAGUGAUACUACCGCUAAUAGCAAAUUAAGAUUCAUGUACGAUAAGUUACAAAUGUAUAUAAUACCGAUAUUUGCAAAUAAAAACUCUUCAAUUACUGAAUCAAAAUGUCGCAAUUUAGCAAUGAAGAUUAUAAAAAAUGCAUGGUAUAAUUAUGUUAACGAACACAUUCCUGUGAAAAAUAUCCACUUUGGUAAGUAUCGCUAUUUUGUUUGUACAUUACGAGGUGUAUUUAAUAAUAUCACUGGCCUUUAUAUGAGCGGAAUACCACAGUUAUAUUUUGAAAAUGCAAGCAGCUUUUGUAUUUUACCUCCAACGGGAAUAAGCGACACUAAUAUUGGUAAAUAUGAUGUAUAUGAUGAUCAAAACAAGUAUGACCAUGAAUAUUCUGGUUUAGAAGAAAAUACUACCUGUAGUAAUGAAAAUAAUAAUAAUAAUAUUAGUAACAAUAGCAAAAUCAAAAGAGAUAAUAAUACUCAUAGCAAAAGUGGUAAUGCUAGAAGUAGCAACUUAAAUAUUAUGGCAACUGUUAACAAUGUCAAUGGACAUAACUAUCAAGCACAGUUACGUAUUGUUAAUGAUGAAUUGAUAAUUAAAAUUAAUAAUUGGAAAAAUCUAAUGUACACAUAUUUGUCAUCACAAGAUAAAUUAUUUUACUUAUCAACAAUGGUGCCAGGUCUGUUGAAAAUUGGAGAGUCAGUAUUUGAUAAGCAAACUCGUUCACUCGCAAUUAAUACACUGACAAAUCGCAUACUUAAGGAUCAAAGCCUACAAAAUGAAGAUGAAUUAUUUUAUCUAUUACCUGUUAUGCAAUAUCAUUGCAUUGAUUGUGAUUCGAUAAUAGCUAUAUCACAUUGUAUAGAUUCAUUGAUCAAAGAAAAAAAUUUUAUAGUGACCACACCUUCAUUGACCAAUGUAUUUAAUAAUCUUUAUAGAAGUGACAUUAACAUAUUAUAUAUAACGAUUGGUGGUAAACGUGGUAGUCAAUUUGAAUAUGAACGAUACACAAACUCUCAUGAUUUGUAUGAAAAUAUGGUAAGUUCAUACUCAUAUCGACCAUCUAAACGUCUGCUUGUUCUCGCAUUCAUUUGGGCUCUGAUGGAAUAUUAUAAUUCUGAUGACGAUAUUAUUCGUGUUAAAUUUAAUAUUACACGACGGUCUCGAAAUAGUCAGUUAUUAAAUGAUUCCAUCAUAUCAUCGAAACAUGAAAAAAUAUCCGUUACCUUACAAGGUGAUCCGUUUGGUUUAAUAAAGGAAAAAUUCGAUUUAAGUCAAUAUACCUGUGAAACGAACGAAAAUUUCCGUCGAGCAUUUAAUAUAACCUUCCAAAACAUUUCAUCAUCAACUGUGUCAUCAAGUGCAUCAUUGUUGACUUCGGAUUAUGAUUUUAAAACGAUCGCUUUAAAGAAAGAUUCUGCUGGCUCUAAUAGCUAUACCAGUCAAAAAGAUAAAUUAAUUAUGAAUGAAUCUUCGCAAUCAUUAGACAUUUGUAUGUAUAAUGCAUUACUAAGUAUAUCGAUUAUUUUCCGUUUCGAUACUAAAACAAUAAGAGAUUACUUAGAACACUGCACUCUUUUAUUUCAACCAUUCAAUAAUUGUCGAAAGUUUACUUUGUACUAUGGAGAACCACGAUGUGGAAAAUCAUUUCUUGCAAAUUUGAUUAUUCGUGCUGCUGAACCUAGCGUAUUCAAUGUACUAUCAGAUCUUGCAACAGCUGCAACUGCAGCAUCUCCAUCACCAGAUUUAAUAAAAGCAUUUCAAUCGUAUGUUGUUUGCAUUAAAGAAGUACGGCGAUUGGAAGAAUCAUUACUUAAAACAAUAACUGGUGAAGAUCAUAUGGAUCAACGAGACUUGUAUAAAGGAUAUCAAAAGCUUACUCCAAUUUGUUUUAUCUUUGGGUGUUCAAAUCAAAUUCCUCAAAUUGAAGCUGAUGAAGCAAUUAAAGAUAGGCUAUCAAUAUUUAAUUUUACUAAUCGUAUUGAACCAUGUUACAAUUUUCGUGAAGUUAUUGACGAUAACCAACUGCUUUUAUUUAUCAAUGAAUGUACUAUUCAACCUUCUAUUGAAGAAUUAGCUACUUCAAUUGGACUUUAUAAUUCUAUAUAUGCGACAUUUUGUUUAACUCGAAACAAGUCCGGGCUUGUAAUUCCAACCAUAAAAAAUCGCUCAUCUCUUCAAAUUAUGAAAAAGUUUUUAAUUCAUAAUAGUCUAAUGUAUUACGUGAUGGAUCUGUGCGGCUUAGAGGUAAUGACUGGCUAUUCAGUUAAAAUGGAUGAACUAAAAAUUAGAGCUGAACAUGCUAUUGAGAAAUCAAAAAGGGCUUUACGACAUAAUUACCAAUUAAAUGAUUUCAUAAAUGAUUUCAGUCAACAUUUUAGAAAAAUGUGCAAUCAAAAUGAAUAUUCACAUAAUGAUGUAUCAAUAGAAUUUCUUGGUGUAGGCUUACCCCCAAGUGAUAACAGCCAUGUGAAUUUAAUUGAAUCCGUUUUUUCUCAAGUAUGUAGUUGUAUUAAUGAAUUAGACGGUAACGGAACUUUCAGUACAUCUAUUGCUCAAAUGCGUCACCUAAUUAUUUGUAAAGUGGAUGCAGUGACCAAUGCGAAUAAUGACCGAAAAAUGGAUUAUGUAACCCGUAUAUUACUUAAAAUUAAAAAUGUAUAUUACAAAUAUUAUAAUACUAAUGAACAACGAUUUGAAAACAUCCAAAUUAACGAGGAAAAUUAA